UCGCUCCGUGUGAGAGGAAGUCGUUGAGGCGCUUCGGGUCCGGGACCGAGUCCGAGUCGUGAGGGAGGGUCUUUGGAGGCUUGGCCGGCGCCCUCCGCCUUCCUUUCCGCGCCCGACGCUCUCGGAGGCCCUUUCCCCCUCGAUGGCCGACGGAGGGAAAGGGGGAUACAGCGAGCAUGAUGAUCGUGUGGGCGGUGGCAACAGGGGUUUCAUUGGUCGAAGGAGAAAAGGCCGGGGGCCCUUUCGAGGAAAAAUGUACAGUGAGGCGAACCAUCAGCAAUGGGCUUGGAGCUACGCUGGGCCCAGUCCUCGCGGCCGGCAGGAGGAGGAAGAUGGGGAUGUUCUCAUGAGUGAUGCUCACGAUGUGAUACGGUCACGCUACACUCCAUACGGGGGGCGUCCAAACCGACCAGGCGAUCGGGAGCGGCCAAGUCUGAGCAGUCUAAACCCUACCGUGAAACGGAGUCUGAAUACUGCAGACCGACCAGCCCCCAGGAGCCCCGUCGCCAAAAAAGCCUGGUUCAGGGUUACGAUCCCUUAUGGAAGGAAAUAUGAAAAAUCGUGGCUGAUUAGCGCCAUUCAGAACUUGUGCACUGUCCCCUUCAAUCCUGUAGAGGUUCAUCACGUCAAUAACCGGGCCGUGUUCUACGUGGACGAUGCGUCUGCAGCCAAUGCCCUAAAGCAGGUGUCCCGGAAGGUUGUCUCGCCCGAUGGCUACAAGGUGGCGGUACUCAUUAACCAAUGCAGUUCACCCAUGACAGUCCAGCGUGAAUUAAAACCAGAGGAAAUUGAACAGCUGAAGGUUUGCAUGAGUAAAAGAUAUGAUGGUUCCCAUCAAGCUUUGGACCUGAAGAAUAUUCACGAAGAUCCAGAUCUAGUGGCACAAAACAUUGACAUGGUGUUGAACCGCCGAACCUGCAUGGUAGCUGUGCUGCAGAUCAUCCAGGAUAACAUCCCCGAGCUCCUGUCUCUGAACUUAAGUGACAACAAGCUCUAUCGGCUGGACGAUAUGGCUGAGCUGCCCCAGAAGGCACCUCAUCUGAAGAUCCUCAAUUUAUCUUCUAACUAUUUGAAGACCGACCGUGAGCUGGACAAGUUAAAAGGCUUGAAACUCGAAGAACUGUGGCUGGAUGGUAAUACGCUGUGUAAUAACUUCCGGGACCAGUCCACGUACAUCAGCGCCAUCCGAGAACGGUUUCCGAAGCUGCUGAGGCUGGAUGGUCACGAGCUGCCCCCUCCCAUCUCUUUUGACGUUGAAGCACCAACCACCCUGCCUCCCACCAAGGGAAGUUACUUCUGCUCUGAAGGCUUGAAAGGGCUGAUAGUACAGUUUCUGCAACAAUAUUACUCGAUCUAUGACUCCGGAGACCGGCAAGGCCUCUUGAAUGCCUACCAUGACGGAGCCUGUUGUUCGCUGAGCAUCCCUAUCUCAGCGAACAAUCCUUCCAGGAGCUUUUUGUCGGAAUACUUCAAGAACAGCCGGAAUGUGAAGAGGCUCAAGGAUCCGACCAUGCGCUUCCGGCUCCUUAAGCACACGAAGCUGAAUGUGGUGGCCUUCCUCAGCGAGCUACCGAAGACUCAGCAUGAUAUUAACUCCUUUGUGGUGGAUGUCUGUGCGCAAACGAGCACGCUGCUGUGUUUCACGCUAAAUGGGCUCUUCAAACAAUUGGAUAGCAAGUGUCGGGAUUCAGUGCGGGCCUUCACCCGUGUCUUCAUUGCGGUGCCAGUUGGCCACAAUGGGCUGUGCAUCGUGAAUGACCAGUUGUUUAUCCGUAAGGCCACCAACAUGGAAAUCCGCAAAGCCUUUGUCAUGCCAGCACCCACGCCAUCCUCCAGCCCUGUGCCCACCCUGACAGCAGAGCAGCAGGAGAUGCUGCAGAAUUUCUCUCUCCAGUCAGGAAUGAACCUCGAGUGGUCCCAGAAGUGCCUCUUGGACAAUGAUUGGGACUACGCCAAAGCAGCCCAUGCCUACACCCAGCUCAAGGCGGAGCAGAAGAUCCCAGAGGUGGCUUUCAUCCACUGAGCCUCGGCCCCGCGUUCUCAGACCAAAACUACAAAUUUUAUCUUUUGAGAUAUUUGUUUUGUACAUAAAGGUUCGCCGUGUAAAUAAAGGACCUACCGUACUGUUGCAACGACGAAGGCCGUAGUUGUGCUUUUCACCGUUUUGGGGAAAGGCAACGGCUAUCAGAGGUACUGUGAAGAGGCAGCACCUCCCUCCCGCAGCAGCUGCCGCGGCAAGAAGGAUUUCUGCGUGAUCUGUUGGGUUUUUAUUUUUAUUUUUUAGAGGGCAGCACUGACCCUGUGUGGGAAUUUGGAGGCCAAAGGGGGAGGGAGGGCGGGUCUCCAUCCGUUUGUUCCCUCCCCACACCCUUUGAUUUUGAAAUCUUUCAGCCUAUUGUUUGCCUGUUCCUUUUUCUGCCGCUGUUGUCUCUGGAGUCAGGUUGUGCUUGUGCCUAGAGUAAGAAAGGGUCCGCAUGUCCCAACUCAACAGAGGUCCUGGUGCUUAUGGGCAGAGGCCAGGUCUCCAAGCAGGGAAAGGCGAGUCACUGUCUCGUGGUACAUGUUAGCUUCUUCAUGGUGCCAGAGGCAGUGGAUUUCCCAGUUCUAAGAUGAUUCUAAAGAUUUUAGGUGGAGCCUAGGGUUCCGGGUGGAUGUUCUCCAAGGCGUAGCUUGGGUGGGAGCAUUGCUUCCUCCUCCUCUUCUAGUUCUUGACCGCUCAUCACUUUACAUGUUUGACCGCUCAUCACUUUACAUGAAAGGAAGUACAAGGUUGACAUGCUCAGCCCGGAGUGGACUUUGUAUUUCUCUUCCACCUCUACUUCUUGAAAACACUGUGUUUAUUAAAAAUUGUUAUUAAAA